AUGCCCCGCAGGGCGAUCCCCGAGCGGGGCAUUCGCCUCACGGUGUCCCCUCUCUCCAAGGCCAUGCCCGAGCGGGGCAUUCCCCUCACGGUGUCCGCUCUCUGGCGAUCCCCGAGCGGGACAUUCCCCUCACGGUGUCCGCUCUCUCCGCAGGGCGCCGUGGGCGCGCUGCUGCUGCAGCUGCUCCGGCAGAUCGCCUGGCUCCGGUCGCUGCCGGACUCCCGGACAGAGCGAAGGCUUCCCUGGCGCUCCUCGCUGCCCCCCAGGCCCGCAGUGGUGGCUGAAGCCUCAUCCAGCUGUCCUGGCGAGCAGCUGGGCUCCCAGAUCCUGCAGAAAGCAAGUGCAGAGGCUGUAGCAGAGAAUUCCUCCUCAGGCAUCCCCUCAGGGCGAGGAGACAGCCAGCCCUGGGCAGGAGCAGGGGACUUCCACAUCCCUGUGAGCUCCAGGGUGGGGCCAGUUCUCCACAGUGCAAAGGGUGACCCAGCUCAGCGAGGGCAUUUGGAGGAAGCCGCUUUCCAAUUGCAGCAGAUUUUCCGAAUUGAUAUUUCCAUUGCCUUGAAUAUCCUUGGCAUCGAGAGCAUGAGGGCGGGGCACUGCCGGGCAGCCUUCACCUGCUUCAAGCUGGCAGCAGAUCGAGGCUACAGCAAAGCCCAGUUCAACGUGGGGCUGUGCUACGAGCACGGCAGGGGCACAGAGAAGGACUUGGAAAAGGCAGGUUUUUAUUACUGCCAGGCAGCCAGCAGCCGUCACCCCAUGGCCCAGUACCGCUACGCCAGGCUCCUGCUCCAGCACGGCCCUGGCAGCCCCUGGGACAGGCAGCACGAGGCUGUGGCACUCCUGGAGCAAGCAGCAGGGGCUGGCAUCACAGAGGCACAGGCUUACCUUGGAGUGUUCUACAUGAGGGGGCUGCAGCCCCAGGAGAAGAGAGGUCUGAAGUACCUGCUGCAGGCAGCAAACAGUGGGGAUGCCCAGAGCAGGUUCCACGUGGGCGUUUGCUACGAGCAGGGCCUGGGAGUGCAGCAGAGCCUGGCGGAGGCGCUGAGGCACUACCGGCAGUCAGCAGCCGCUGGGAACAGCCAGGCCCGGGACAGGCUGCAGGCCUGGCAGCAGGAGCUGCAAGAUGUGCACACAAAGCAUCCAUUCCCUUCAGGAUUAAGAGCCUCUUCCUCCAGCCCCAAUUUCUGGACUGUUGAGCCUGUGUCUGCAGGUUUCCACAGCAGCCAGCCAGGACAGUGUGGCCUCAGGCUGCCCCAGUCCUGGAGCACAGGCAGGCUGCACGUGAUGCUGCUCAGCAGUGCAGGGUGGAGCCGUGCCCUGGGAGCCAGGACAGUGCCACUGGAGCUGCAGGGCUGGGAGCCCCAGCAGUGCUGGCAGUAGAGCAGGCAGUAAGUGACACAAGCAGGCAAGAGGGCAAGGAACCAGGCUGGCAGUGAAUGGAAAGAGAAAGCUCUCUGUUCAGGGAACAGGAGGUAUUUUUAAAUACCUGGGGUUUGAGAAUAAACCUUGUGAUAUCUCCUACACCACCAAGUCCUCUGCUCCUUUUACCUUCCACACAGGGAUGUUGCUUCUGCACCUGCAUUUCUGUAUUAGACCAAACUGUGGCUGCUCCUGGAUCCCUGGCAGUGUCCCAGACCAGGCUGGACAGGGCUUGGAGCAACCUGGGACAGU